UGACGUCAAGUGGGCGACGUCUGAACCGUAGGAAGGGAAGUAGAGACGCCAAGUAGCUCUGGCUCAUCUGAGGAGCUGGUUUCUUAGGAUAUGUAGAGGGCCCUAUUUCCGUCGCCAUAGUCAGCAACUGUCAGUACUUCUACUGUACCGACGACGGUCGGACCUAUCGGUUCUGCGGGCGAAGAGAACGAAGUGAGUUGAGUGUGGUUUGUUGUGUAAUUAGAGCGAAGAAGUGGCGUCAAGUUGAAGAGAAGGAGUUGAUGCCCUAACCAUUGCCUUACAAAUCAUCGGGAUCUCGUGAGUCGAGAAACCCAGAUAUUUAGGCUCCAAGGCACCCCUGAACACUAAAUAUGGGGGUGGCCGAGGACUUUGCUCCGAGCUUCACCCAGAAGCCGCAGUUGCGUCAGGAAGAUGAAGGGAAUAGACUUGUAUUCGAAUGCCAACUACUGGCAUCUCCAAAACCAGAGAUCAACUGGUUUCGCGGUGAGACUCAGCUGGCAGAGGACAACCGCACCAACAUGAAGAUCCAGUCAGUAGGCACCAACAAAUUCCUGGUCGUACUCGAGUUAGAUGACGUCAUCGAAAGCGACGCCGGCCUCUACAAGGUCAAAGCGAAAAACAAGAUGGGUGAAGUGGCUGCCUCAAUAAAUCUCAACUUCAGCCCUGCCGACGAACCGCGUGAGAAACAAAUCGAUGGCAUUGCUCCAACAUUUUCAAAGAAACCGUCAAUUCGUCAAGAAGAGGAUGGCAAACGCCUUCUGUUCGAAUGCCGGAUACAAGCCGACCCACGACCUACUGUUUCAUGGUCUCACAAUGGCGUAGCGGUGCAGAACACCGGUAGACACAAGUUAAUAAUUGACAAAGAUGGCCAUUCCUACUUUGCAACUCUGGAAAUAAAGAGUGUUACUGUUGAGGAUGCUGGAAAAUACAAAGUGACAGCGAAAAAUGAGUUAGGAGAGAGUAAUGCAACUAUAAGCCUCAAUUUUGACAGCGAUGAGGCUCCGGUGCCAGCGGAUGGCAUCAAACCCACAUUCACCGAAAGGCCUGUGAUUCGGCAGACUGAUGAUGGCGGGAAAGUCUCAUUCGAGUGUCGACUUGUUGGUGAUCCCAAGCCAACAGUUACAUGGUAUCAUGGAGGAAAAGUGCUGAAGGAAAGCGGGCGCUUCCACAUGUCCCUGGAACAGGACCAGAAACUUUACUACCUGGCGAGGUUAGAGAUCAGCUCUGUGGAAAACGCUGACAGAGGUGACUACAAAGCUGUGGCCAAGAACAAGCAUGGAGAAGGCACGGCGUCUAUAAAUUUGAAUUUUGAAGGAGGUGGCAAACCAAAGAUUCCAGAUGGCAAAGCCCCUCGAUUCCCGAAGAAACCAACAAUAAAACAAGAAGGCGAUAUACUCGUGAUGGAGUGCGUUUUGGAAGCCAACCCUGUGCCUGAGAUUACAUGGUACCAGGGUACGAAAGUCAUUUCAGAUAGCAACCGUGUUCGUAUGUCAAGGAAAGCUACGGGCAAAGAUGCAUAUCUUUUAACAUUGGAAAUAUCAAACCCUACUAAAGAAGAUGGAGGAAACUACAGAUGUAACGCCUUCAAUAAUUUUGGGGAGAGCAAUGCCAAUAUUGCGCUAAAUUUCCAAGGUGGCGAUGAUGCAGCAGGAUUUGCUCCGUCUUUUGUUGAGAAGCCGAAAAUUAUUCCAAACGACACUGGAACUCUUAUCACGAUGAAGUGCAAAUGCAAAGCGAAACCAAAACCUGUUGUCACCUGGUACCGAGGUACCACAAUAGUCAAAGAAUCUUCAAAGAUUAAGAUAACGACAAUUGACAAAGAGGAGGACACUUAUGAAUUGCUACUAGAAAUAAAGGACCCAGCAGGACCAGACGGGGGAACGUACAGAUGCAACGUGAAGAAUGACUUUGGAGAAAGCAAUGCCAACCUCAACCUCAACAUCGAGGCUGAACCAGAACCCGAAGGCGAUGGACCAACUUUCGUGGAGAAACCUCGAAUAGUCUCGGAAAUGAAUGGGAAACUCGUUAUUAUGACCUGCAAAGUAAAGGCAAACCCCAAACCUACCAUAGUUUGGUACCAAGCCGGGAAAGUUGUAAAGGAAUCGUCAAAAAUAUCCAUGUUCGUAGACCAGAAAGACGACAUAUAUUCCAUUAAACUGGAACUAAAGGAUCCCGGGCAAGAAGACUCAGGCUUGUAUAAAUGCAACAUCAAGAAUUCACUUGGCGAAUUAAACGCGAACCUCACACUCAAUAUUGAAAUUAUACCCGUAAUCAAAGAGAAGCCAAAAGUGAUAAAGAUCACUAAGAAGAAAACUGUGAUUGUGGAGUGUAAUGUAGUAAGUAAGUUCCCUCCACAGUGCACUUGGUUCAAGGAAAAGUCAGCUGUCCGUGAAGAUUCGAGACACACAGUUCGUGUUGAACAAAUUAAAGAUGGAGAAUUUUCUGUAAAAUUAGAAAUUGAACCGGCAAAUCCGACUGAUAAAGGUUCAUACAAACUGGUGGCAAAGAAUGAGAAGGGAGAAGCCACAUCUCAGACAGUUGAAGUGACUGAAAUACCAGAAGAAGAAGAAGAAGUGAAGAAGGGCAACAAAUAUGAAUUUUCUCAGGGCCUGACAUCUGUGAAUGCAGAAGAAGGAAAAAGCGCAGAGUUCAUGUGUCAGUUGAAAACGUCAGACAAGAAAGCUACUGUUGUGUGGUACAGGGGAGCAACCCUUGUUAGAGAAUCUCUGGAAAUCAAAUCAACAUUCGACGGUACCUACGCCAGAUUACGUAUUUCAAGUUGCAAAACGGAGCACGCGGGUUCUUAUAAGGUCGUUGUGUCUAACGAAUUUGGCAAAGCGGAAUCUAGUGCCGAUCUCAAAGUUGUUGAAAAGAAGAAAGUGGAAGAGAAGAAAAAGGAAGAGAAGAAAGAAGAAAAGAAGGUAGAAAAGAAAGAGGAGAAGAAAGAAGAGAAAAAAGAAGAGAAGAAAGAAGAAAAGAAAGUCGAGCCGGAACCUGAGAAGAAAAAGGUUCCCGAGAAGAAGCCUGAGCCCAAAAAGAAAGAGGUGGAGAAGGUCAACGAUGUUGCAGUGAAGAUAGAAGAGAAGACAGCGACUCUUCAAGAAGAGAAUGAAGUGAAGAAGAAAGAAGAACCGAACAAGAAGAUACAGCCGGAGAAGAAAGUGGAGGAAGCCAAGAAGGAGCCUGAGCGAAAGAAGACAGAAGUAGAAAAGAAGACGGACACAGAUAGGAUAGAGCCGAAAGCAGAACCCAACAAGGAUGUAAAGAAGACGGAUACAGAUAAGAAAAAACAGAAAGCAGAACCCGAUAAGACUGUUGAGAAGAAGGCGGAUACAGAUAGUAUAAAACCGAAGGCAGAGCCAGAAAAGAAUAAAGAAGAAUUGGAUUCUAACAUCGAAUUAGAUCAGGUAAAAGAACAGGAAAGUAAUGUCAAAAAUGAAGAAACAGGAGUUCUGGAAUUGGAAAGAACAGAGAAACACGACACUGACAAACAGAACAUAAAAGAACCCAAUUCGGAACAAAAAGGAGACUUGAAACCAGGACAAGUUACAGGUACAUGUAACACAGCAGAUUCACAACAAAAACGCAUACCGAGGAUGAAAGUGACAGAUGUACCCUUCCACAUGGUUCAGCUGAAGCCUGUGGAAAGAGACACUGAAUCUAGAAGCCCAGUCCCGGAGAAAACUAAUGACGGGAAGCUGAAAAAUGGAGCGAAGAAAGACAGCAAGAGACCAUCCAUUGAAUUGGAAAGUGGUGACAAGGUAACCGAGGCGAAAACUGAAACACGAAGGAAGUCAUCUAUAGUCAAAACUGAUGAAAAGAUUGUGCAACAAGAGGAAGAAAAGAAAGUUCAGGAACUGAAGGUUUCAGCACAAAAGACUGAAGAAGUUACAGUGGACGGAGAAAGGAGGAUGUCGGUUCAGAAGAAAGCUGUGGAAAUAAAGGCUGAGGAGAAGAAGACUUCCUUGACUACACAAGAAGAAACACCGAAACCGAUUCGUAGAUACAACCCAUUGGCAUAUGUGCCUAGUAGUUCUGAAGAGGAGAGUGAAGAAGAAAAAGAGGAGUUGAUGAAGGAGGAAAAACAUGUGACUAAAAGUAAGGAAGAGGAAAGUGGCCAGGAAUACGAGGAAGAUGAUACUGUUAAUGAGUUGGAUUUUGUUCCUAAGGCUGACAAGACCAAGAAGCCCGGCAUCAAAGUGCCUGAGAUCAAGGCACCUGAAAUCAAGGGCCCCGAAGCUCCCAAGAUAGAGGUGAGCCGUGAGAAGUCACCUGCUGCAGAUGCUAGGAAGGGAUCGCUUGCUCCUGGCUCUGGGCCCUCCAGCCGAAGGGGUUCCCUCAUUCCUCCAGAAGAGCAACAAAGGCGACCUAGCCUCAUUAUCAGUGACGAGGAGAAUAGGAAGUUACGACCUGGCGAAGUCUUGGAUGAGAGAAAGGUUGGAAAACUGCGGCCUGGUGAGGUAUUAGAUUCAAAGCGCAGAAGACCAAGUGCUGAUGUACGACGCCCUAGCGUCGCAGAAUUAGGAGAGAUGAUCGACAAGCCAAGCACUCCUCUCAAAGCCAUUGGGCCACCUGGACCACCAUCAAUCGUUGAUAUCCAGGAGAGCUACUCAGCAGUGGAAGAUCAGAUUGGCUACAUCACUGUUCAGGUUGAAGGAAAUCCAGCACCUACAUUCAAGUGGUACAAGGGUAUAACAGAAAUUAUUGAAGGCGGUCGUUACAAGUUCCUGACUGAUGGGGAAACGAACACUAUAACUUUAUGUAUGAGGAAAGUUAAGCCAAAUGAUGAAUCAAAAUACACAAUUACAGUAAGCAAUGAACAUGGGGAAGAUUCAGCUGAGACACAGUUGUAUGUCUCAGAUGCAAGUGGAAUGGAUUUCCGCACAAUGCUCAAGAAACGCAAGUAUGCAAAAUGGGCCAAGGAAAAGGAAGAUCCUGACUGGGGCGAGUUGAAGGAGGUGGAGAAACCAACUACAACACUAAAGAAAGUUGAGAAAAAACAAGAAUCCUUCUUGAAGCCUUUAGUAGACAAACAUGCAAAAGAAGGAAAGGACAAGAAAGUAGUAUUUGAGGCUGUAUUCUCCAAACCCAACUCCAAACCAAAGUGGUUGUUUAAAAAGGAUGAAUUAUUCCCUGGAUCAAAGUACAAAUUUGUGAAUGAGAAUGAUGUGUACAAAUUAAUCAUUAGUAAUCCCAAGGUGGAAGAUACUGGAAAGUACACAAUUGAGAUUGCUGGAAUAGCUUGCACAGCUUACCUAGAUGUAGAUG